AUGAGAAAGUAUGAUCUUUUGAGGAAGAGAAAAGAGAUGCUGGAACACAAGACACAGGGUACCCUCAUCCAUAGGCAGCCUCGAGGGAAUCUGAAGACUGAUUCCUUAAAGUCAGGAGAACACUGGUGGAUCAUCCCGUUUUUCAUUUUGCCACCAGGACAGGCCCAAGAAUCCAGGCACACAUUGUUGAAAGCAGGAGAAGCAAAAGAAGGAAUUGUUUGCGAGUUCAGUCAUCCAAAAAAGCUUCUUCCAUAUGGAGGGACCGGGUGCGCCGGGCGCGGCGUCCCCUGCCUCGUCCUCCUGCUGCUGCCGCCGCCGCCGCGACCCCCGCUUCCUGCCGCAGGGACCCUGAGCCCCGGCCCGCCAGUGUCAGCCUCCGGGCGCGCGCACGCACACUCACCCUUGCACACACACACACACACACACACACACACACACACACACACUCACUCACGCCCGCCACAGCCACACGCGCCCGCACGCGCCCUCCCUCCCCGGCCGGCAACUUCUCGGGCCGGGGCUCCUUUGUUGCUCCCGCGGCGGCCGCUCUCCGGUUUUGCGAGUCCCCUGGUGUCACCGUGCGGGUUGUGUGUCCUUUCGGCGCGGUGCUGUGCGGCUCCCACCGCGCCCGCCACGCCGGCCCCGGACGCCGCUCGCCCUCCCCAGAAGCUGCCGCACCAGAGUCCCAGCACGAACUUCCUGGAACCCAUGACCCAUGAAGUCUUGUCAACACUCAAACCAUCUGAGGGUAGCAGCCAUGAAGUAGAAGAAGCAGUGAGAGCACCUUUGGGGGUUCGUCAGAGCCAGACUCCAAGGAUCCAAUAGUUGCACUUGGAAAAGCCCUUGGAAG